CAUUAUCUGACAAAAAAGCAGGGACCCCGCAUUCACUAUAUCCGCUCUCCCCGGACCCUGCAUUCACUAUAUCCGCUCUCCCUGGACCCCGCAUUCACUAUAACCGGUCUCCCCGCACCCUGCAUUCCCUAUAUACGCUCUCCCCGGACCCUGCAUUCACUAUAUCCCGCUCUUCCUGGACACUGCAUUCACUAUAAACGCUCUCCCCGGACCCUGCAGUCACUAUAUCCGCUCUCCCCGUACCCUGCAUUCACUAUAGCCGCUCUCCUCGGACCCUGCAUUCACUAUAUCCGCUCUCCCUGGAACAUGCAUUCACUAUAUCCGCUCUCCCCGGACCCUGCAUUCACUAUAACCGGUCUCCCCACACCCUGCAUUCACUAUAUCCACUCUCCCCAGACCCUG